CAGAAGUGCAGCUGCAUCAGACAUCUACUGUAGCAAACAGAGUUGUGAACAGUCAGAUCUCACUUCUGAGCGACGGGUUUUAAUGCUUUUAGGCUCUACAGUGCUAGUAGAAGAGUGCACUUGGUGAGUGGGUUUGGAUGCCGGUGGACGUGGUGAUAGCUCCUCCGUUGUGGACAGACAUGCACGAGAGCGAGAUGAAGCUGAAGAUGCGCGUGCGACGCAUCAAGGAGGGACGAGAGCUCCGAGGGGGCUUUGCUGCCUUUUCCUCCUGCUUCCCAGAUGUGUGUGAGGGUAAGCCACCAUGCGUACCUGCCCUGAGUCUGUCCCAACCGUGCCUACCUGUAGCCAACCUGGGCCUGACACGGAUACUGCCUCAUCUUUAUGUGGGCUCCCAAAAAGAUGUCCUCAAUAAGGAACUGAUGGCUCAACAUGGCAUUACUUAUGUUCUAAAUGCCAGCAACACCUGUCCAAAGCCUGACUUUAUCAGCGAGAACCACUUCCUUCGCAUCCCUGUCAAUGACAGCUAUUGUGAAAAGCUGCUACCCUGGCUGGAGAAAUCAAAUGAAUUUAUUGACAAGGCCAAGGUCUCAAACAGUAGGGUUAUCGUCCACUGUCUGGCCGGAAUCUCUCGGUCUGCAACCAUCGUCAUUGCAUACAUCAUGAAAACCAUGUGCUUAUCAUCAGAUGAUGCAUACAGGUUUGUGAAGGACCGGCGGCCUUCAAUAUCUCCUAACUUUAACUUCCUGGGGCAGCUCCUGGAGUUUGAGCGAGACCUAAAGCAAAAAACAUCCUUAACUUGCAACCCUCUGAGGCCGACAUCUCACCAGUCUGACGAAGUCAAAGAGAUCGCAGAGACUGUAGAACAGACCAAUGAGCAUAACAAACAUCUUUGUCAGAGAAAGCAAGAAGCCAUAAUUGUAAACGUCAAGCCACCAUCACCUACCUCGAUACAAAGAGACUUCAGCAGCCUUCAUCUGUCCACAGACCAAAUCCUGCACAACAAUCAGCUCAAAUGUUCCUUUCACCUUGACUUCAAGUCUGUGUAUUCAUCAAACCAGCAUAGACAAGCCUGCUCAAAUGCCCCCCGACUGGACACAGAAACCAUGCCCAAGCUUUUUAAACUUGACAGUCCAAAAAGCAGCAGGGUGGCAUGUUUGUACUCUCCAUCUGACAAACCCAGAAUUCCCAGUCUGUCUGAAUCAUGGGAUUCAUCUGUAAGAAAAUCUGAACAGAACGACAAUGGUCCUCUUGAGAGGUUAUCAUCUACAGCUCUUUCUCUCAACCUGAACCUGAAUCGCCAAGCCGCACAGGAUCCCUCUCAUCACGCCAGCAAGAAGUCGACCUUGUUCCUCAGCUUGCCGCUCAGCACAUCUUCCAUCUGGACCAAGCACAGAGGACUGGCCCAGGCAACAACACCAGUGACACCAACUGAAGAUCACCCAUGGUUCUUCAGUCCAGAUCUGGACCCUUCUGUUAAUCCUACGAAAUUUGGAAGCUCUACUAGCUCAGUUGAGACUCAUUUCAAAAGGAGAAGCUGUCAGUUUGAGGAGAGCAUCGUAACAACACAGUGUAAUGAGGACUUUGGGAAACUCAGGAAGCAGUCGAGCUUCUCAGGGAGUAUGGAGGUUAUUGAAGUAUCUUGACAUAGUCUGGAUUUAAUCCGGGUGUAUCAUGGACUCUUUAGUAAAAAAGAGACUGAAAAGAAGGACGGGUUAUUUAUUGCAAGGUUAAAUUGCAAAAUACUGCUUUGAUGGAAGUGGAUUUAAUAGACAGAAGGACAAAUGUUUGGAACAUGGUAGUGAAAGGACUGCAUGCAGAUUUGCAUGCGUAUGCAAGCCAAUGAUGCCUGAGAAAGACUCGGGUGCCUGAGCAGGCCCUACUUACUAUAUACUGUAUGUUAAAGACAAUUGAGUACAUGACAUAAGCCAUACAUACCAAAGAGCAAAUAUGUUUGAGAUACCCACUGCAUGAAGGAUUUAUUCCCACUAGGGGUAAUUUAUCGUACAGCAUGGCUAUUAAAACAUAAUGGAAUUAUGGAGUUAUUAAGGAAGAGAUAAAGAUUUAAGGUUGAAUAUUUGCUGUAUUAUAUGUAGGCUCUGUUUAGAAAUAGGGUAAAAUCGACAUUCAUUAUUGUCAACAGUGUUACCACCAACUGCUUCUGUCAUUUAAAAUUAGUUUGUAAAGAUAGACCGAGUGAGUUGGACUGAGAUGAACUCUCGCUGUACUACUGUGUACUGGGCAUGAUCUGAAAUGGCUGACUACCUACACAGAGACAAGCUGCAACCCAGCAGUACUAAGCUUUAUGUGUAUUCAAAAGUAUUUACAUACUGUAUGUAUAUGUAAAAAAGAGAAGUUACUGCAGUUUUAUUACAGUAUUUAAUGUUUUACGCAUUGUUUAAUUUAUUGUAUCGGAUUCAUUCUGGCAAUGAGCAAUAAUAUAAUAUCUGAAGAUUUCUCCUUUAUCUUUGUUUCAUUUUGUGAGUUUAUUAAAUUUUAACAAAGCAUCA